AUGGAGGAUAUUGUUGAUCCUUCUGCUGAACUCAUUAAUGAAUUGCGGGCACUUGUGGUGAGUGAUGGCGCCAUGGUUCCCUUUGAUGAACGCAAAGUGCGUUCUGUUGUGGCUAGUGUAUCUGAUUCCUUCCGUCAUAUGGAGUCUAUUUCACGUAAUCCUUAUGCAGAUCCAUCGCAACCAUUUUAUGCGAGUUCAAUGAAAUAUUAUAGAGCAAAAUACUUGAGGGACAAGCGUUGCCUUUUGGCGUACAUUAUGUGGAGACAAUCACAAAUUACAGAAGCUUGGUGGGAAGCUAAAGAUAAUGCCAUUAUGGAUGUACUCGCUCCAUGUGAAAUAACGUUUCUACAAGAGUAUAAUAACAUCAUGGUGGAGUACAUGACGUCCUUCGCCAUACCGUUGGAUCUCAGAGCCUUCACGUGGAGACCUCCAUCGGUGCAGCAAUUAGAGGUCCGUGGUUUGGUAAACCAUGUAUUUGUCUCUCCUAUCAGUGGGGCAGUGAUAAAUCUUUACAAGGGUAAACAAAUUCUUUUGGGAUUUGAGGAGGCUGAGGCUCUUAUUCAACAAGGUGUGGUGGAGCUCGUGGAGUAG